AUGAAGCGCGGAGAGUUUGUUUUCUUAGGAUCGGAGGCGUGGGCACGUGAUGGGACUAUCUUAGCUAAAGAUACAAACCACAUUAUACUUGGAUCGUUUACCGUGUCACUAGAAAUGUAUAAGGAUCGGGAACUAAGAAACCACGUGCAAAACAUAAAGCCCAAGCCUUAUCGCACCGACCCGUGGGCUAUGAUGUUUAUUCAAGCCAAGAGAAAUUGCUUCUACGAUCUGAGUUUUGACAAGACCCAAGCCGACAAAUGCAGUGUAGCUAAUGACCAUAGCAGAGAUCCAGACUUCACUUUAGACACAUACGAUACCCAAGCUUACGUCGCAACAAAAUGCCUUCUGACUGGAGCAGAUGCCUUCUUGAAGACCAAAUGCGGAUCGUCGGCUUCUAGUCUGUGUAAAGAUUUUCUUAGCAAUACUGAAGGUUUGGUAGAAGAGAUAUUGAAAACAAAGAUGGAUUUGGAUGGGUCUGGCAGCAAGAUGAAAGUGUUCAACAGAAACGGUGAUGGAAAUAUAGGGUACAGAAUUUACAAUAUACAGAAAGAUGAUGUUGAUCCAUCAACGCUUGUCUAUAAAGAGAUAGGACGAUAUCCCCUCGAAGGUACUUUCACAUUUGAAACGGACAAGAUAGUUUACCCAAACGAUAUGCCUCUACGUUCAAAGUGUCCAAAUGAGCAAGCUUGCAUCAAUUGCUUUGCACGCAUUGGAAAUAAUGUAAAGAAUGUUCCAGGCACACCACAGGAAGACACAAUUGCUACUACGGCAUUAGCUGCUGUUCUCGGUACUCUCCUGGGGAUAGCGAUCGUAACGGGUGCAGUCCUAGCUGCCAUACUGUGUACCAAAAGAAGGAAAGAACAAGACAAUAAAAAUGACAUUUUGCUCAGAACAAAUAUGACGUAUUCACAGGGCGAGGUUAUAAUGAAGAGAGAGGAAGUCACGCCCAGUAAAAUCUACAUGGAAAUCCCAGCGCAACGUGAACAAAGAUAUGUUCGGAUGAACAACCAAACCGAGAAUCCAAGUGUGGACAAUAAAUGACUGCAGAUGUCUCCAAAAUUUCUCAAAAUUGUAUUUUGUUAUUUUAACAUGUAUAAAUGUUGAGUUCUGCUCAACCCGGGGCUAGAGGGCGCAGACGGUAGAUUGCACUUCCACUACGUAACCGCCGAUGAACAGGCUCAAUCAGACCGAACCUGCAACAUUUUCAUUUUUGUCGUGUUGGGUGGCCUGCGAUUUUUACUUAUUUCUAUUUUAUCAUUCUAACCCACAACGAAAGAAGACAAAGUUGAACCUCGGUAUCCAGAACUCCAAGAGAUCGAUCGUUUUACUUCGAGAAAACCGAAGUUCGACUUAAAAUGUUAUUUUGCGCACGUGUUUUCUGGACGGGACUUGAAAAUGUCUUCGAUAUAACCGGAAUUAUGAAAUAAAGAAGCUCGAAACAUCGAAUUUCAACUGUUUAUUCCUGGAUUUCAAUAUUUUUUUCUCUCUUCUUUAGACUGGUUUAGAUAUAUCAUAUUUCUCUUCUUUAGUCUUCAUGAUCGUUGCCGUCUAUUAUUACUCUUUUAAUUCAUCAACCAUUAGAGGGUCAUUUCAACAUUAUGGAAAGACGGUUUAGAAAGUUCAAAAGAAGUAAACAA